AUGCGACCCCCAGGCGCGCCCCUCUUCUGCACCUUACGCCUCUUGCUCCUGCUGCAGCUCGCGGUUUCUCCUGCCCUAGCAGUUGGGAACCAGACCAGGUUAGGGAAGAAAGACUUGCCUGCACUGACCCCGGAACAGCGUGGCUGGGAAGUUUGGGGAUCGGGAGACGUGUUGCAGAAAGUGUUGUCCAGCAGCCCCAGGAGAACAGCUGUAGCCAAAGCACAAAAAGAGAAGAAGGAGGAAAAAGAAGGAAAUGCAUUGACGGCUCCCUUCGGAGACCUGGCAGAGACUCACAGGACUUCGCAUUUCCCCGCACAGAGGCGGCCUGACAUUUGGCUAGUUCCUCUCAGAGCAGCGGUGAUUGAGCUACCGGUUGCCCUUAGAUUUUCCUUGGACACGGCUGAAGAGAAGAGUGAAAAGGAUAUUGAUGGAGGAGGCAGCAAAGAGCAGAAUGUCAGGACCCACUCCGGAGCUCUGGAGCCUUUCUCCAGGUGGAGGAGAGCGGGGAAACCCCAUGGUGACCCAUUGACCAGUCCCCCUAUCUCGGGGAGCGCAAUCACUGUGGAUAGAAAAGCGCAGGAGGAGACAGUAGCUACCUCCGCUAAAGCAUUGCCUUUAAACGGAUCCUCUGAAGGGGCACUCCAGGAGAAGAGCGGUCCCCGCGGGGGAAACGGCACGAACCGGCGCCCCAAGCUCAAGAACCCCUUUUAUCCGCUGACCCGGGAGUCCUAUGGAGCUUAUGCUGUUAUGUGUCUGUCCGUGGUGAUCUUCGGCACUGGCAUAAUAGGCAACUUGGCUGUGAUGUGCAUCGUGUGCCACAACUACUACAUGCGGAGCAUCUCCAACUCCCUCCUGGCUAACCUGGCCUUCUGGGAUUUCCUCAUCAUCUUUUUCUGUCUGCCGCUGGUCAUCUUCCAUGAGCUCACCAAGAAAUGGCUUCUAGAGGAUUUCUCCUGCAAGAUCGUGCCCUAUCUCGAGGUUGCUUCUCUGGGAGUCACCACAUUCACCUUAUGUGCUCUAUGUAUAGAUCGCUUCCGGGCUGCCACUAAUGUUCAAAUGUACUAUGAAAUGAUUGAAAAUUGUAGUUCUACCACCGCCAAACUCGCGGUCAUCUGGGUUGGUGCUCUACUUUUAGCACUCCCGGAGGUUGUCUUGAGACAGCUCAGCAAAGAAGACCUGGGUUUUAGUGACAGAGUUCCAGCAGAAAGGUGUGUCAUCAAGAUUUCCCCUGAGCUCCCGGACACAAUCUAUGUCCUAGCUCUCACUUACGAUAGUGCAAGACUCUGGUGGUAUUUUGGCUGCUAUUUUUGCUUGCCCACACUUUUCACUAUCACCUGCUCCCUUGUGACUGCAAGGAAAAUCCGCAAAGCUGAGAAAGCUUGCACAAGAGGGAACAAGAGACAGAUUCAGCUUGAAAGCCAGAUGAAUUGCACCGUAGUCGCCUUGACCAUUUUAUAUGGAUUUUGCAUCAUUCCUGAGAACAUCUGCAACAUCGUCACAGCCUAUAUGGCUACAGGGGUCUCUGAGCAGACAAUGGACCUUCUCCAUAUCAUCAGUCAAUUUCUUUUGUUUUUUAAAUCUUGUGUCACCCCUGUUCUCCUUUUCUGUCUUUGCAAACCUUUCAGUCGGGCCUUUAUGGAAUGCUGCUGCUGCUGCUGUGAUGAGUGCAUUCAGAAGUCUUCAACAGUGACCAGUGAUGACAAUGAUAAUGAGUAUACCACAGAACUAGAGCUCUCUCCUUUUAGUACCAUACGUCGUGAAAUGUCUACUUUUGCAUCUGUUGGGACCCACUGUUGAGUGACUUCUUUUUAAUUUUAUGAAGGUUUUUACUUUCUUUUUCUUUACUGGAGAAAAAUGCAAAAAAAUAAAAUAAAAUUACAUAUAGUAGACUGAUUUUACAUAUUAACACAUAUACUUUGUUGAGGGGAAGGGAAUUAUGUUUAGUUAUUUAAGAAAAAAGAACAACCCAACCAAUAGUUUUAGACCAUUUUUAUCCAGUAUGGUGCUAAUAUUUUAUUUGAAAAUAAAAAGCUACUGCACCUUAAUUUAAUUACUCAUUAGUUUUGUAUAAAUAUAAUUAUUGUUCUUUGAGUAUAGUCAUGUGAUUUUAUAAGAUGUUUUAUGUAAAGAUGUGGUUGAAAGUAUUGUGUAUUAUAUUGUGAGGUGACCUGGAGUUUAAAGUUCUCAAAGUAGCAUAAAAUAAAUUGCAUUUCAUUAUUUAAUUUCAUUGUCAACCUACUUUUAACAAAGAACCAAUAAAUUUCUUUCAAUUUCCUUAAUCACAGAUUAUUAUUUCAUGUAGAAAUAUGUAGAUUGACCCUAUUUAAUUUUUUUGUUAAUUUACAUUCCUUUUGAGGCAAGUAGCUAGUUUGUUAUAAUGAAGUGUUCCUCAUGGUGUUUCCU